GACUCAAGACCCUGGAGAGAGAGGGUCAUGAAGGCUCUACUGCUGUUGGUUCUGCCCUGGCUCAGUCCAGCAAACUACACUGACAAUGUGGGCAACCUGCACAUCCUCUACUCAGAACUGUGUAAAGGAGCGUCACACUAUGGGCUCUCCGCAGAGAGAAAGCGACGUUCUCAGGAGGGAGACUGUACAGACAGCACCUCAGAGCUCACUGUGGCAGCACUGCCCGGGGAGGGAUGCCCCUCCUCUGCUAUCGCCCUCCUAUCAGACGACCCCGGCCUGGUUAAUCCCGCCUACGAGCCCAGUGUGGAAGAUAACAGCCAAUCUGGGAGCACCACCAGCCUGGCAGCACGUAGUGGUUCGAGGAAGAGUGAGUAUCGCAACUUUGACAGAACGUCAGUGCGUAGUCGCUCUUUUCGCCGCCUAAAUCGAGCCUUCAGUGUCCUGAGGAGGACCAAGAGUGGGACAGCAGUGGCCAAUGAGACCACAGAGGAGCGAGACAACCUCAGAAACACCAACAUACCACCGGAGGUAUUUGCAUUACCUCAGCUGCAUCAUCUAAUCCCUGAUGGUGAAGUCACCAGUAUUAAGAUCACCAGGGUAGAUCCUUGUGAACCACUGGCUAUCAGCAUUGUCGGGGGUAAUGAAACGCCUCUGGUUCGCAUCCUCAUUCAGGACAUCUACAGAGAGGGCGUCAUUGCUCGAGAUGGAAGACUUCUACCUGGGGAUAUGAUCCUCAAGGUCAAUGGUAUAGACAUCAGCAACGUGCCUCACUGUUAUGCCGUGGCGGCUCUGAAGCAGCCCUGCACACUGCUGCGGCUGACUGUUCUGCGAGAGCAGCGUCACCGUUACCGUUCCCAUCAUCACUCUCCCACCGAGGCCUUCCCCACCCACACCCCCACCAUCAGGGACGACAGCCUGCAUGUGGUCCUCGUUAAGAGGGCACCAGACGAACAGCUGGGCAUCAAGCUGGUGCGCAGACCUGACGAACAUGGCGUCUUUAUCUUCCACCUGCUGGAGGGAGGGCUGGCCGCCAGCGAUGGGAGGCUAAGGGUAGACGACCGCGUGCUGGCCAUCAACGGCCAUGAUCUGAGAUACGGCACCCCAGAGCAUGCAGCACUGCUUAUUCAGGCGAGUGAGGACCGCGUCCACUUCAUUGUGUCCCGCCAGACUCACAUCCCCACUCCGGACAUCCUACAGGAGGCGCCAUGGAACAUGGAGGGACCACCACCCUACUCGCCUGUGGAUAUUGAGCACUCUUUACUGGAUUCAUGUCAAAAGCCUGCAUGUUACGAGAAGACGGUGACUCUGUUGAAGGAGCCGCACGAUUCUCUCGGCAUGACGGUUGCAGGUGGGAUGAGCAGCAGGGGGUGGGAUCUUCCCGUCUACAUCACCAACGUCGACCCUAAAGGAGUGGUUGGACAAGAGGGCUCGAUCCGCAAAGGUGACAUCCUUCUAAAUGUGAAUGGGCUUGACCUGACGGGUGUGACUCGUAGUGAGGCCGUGGCUAACCUGAAGAACACCUCGUCCCCGGUGGUCCUGCGGGUACUAGAAAUGAGACCCCCAAAUGAGAGCUCCCUGGACUGCAUGCCGCCCCUGCAUUCCCCCUGCGCUCUCUCACCCUCUUCACCCGGAGAUAUCAAACUACCCCCGCCUAAUGAUGAUUACUCCCCCCUCUGGGUGUCCUGGCUCCAGCUGCCCAGGCAUCUAUAUUGCUGUAAAGACAUUGUCCUCCGUAGGAGCACGUCGGGCAGUCUGGGUUUCAGUAUUGUGGGUGGGCAAGAAGAACUCAACUGUAACCAGUCCUUCUUUAUCCGCUCUAUCGUAGAGGGCACACCGGCCUACAACGACGGGAGGAUACGCUGUGGAGACAUCCUUCUGGAGGUGAAUGCGAAGAGCACUUGGGGAAUGACGCACACGGCUCUAGUCCGCCUGCUCAAGGAGCUGAGGGGUCGGAUCACUCUUACCAUUGUUUCUUGGCCUGGAAGCCUGCUAUAGGACUACUCUGCAUGUGGGAGGGGCUUAUCACAUUGACCCUGCACUAGAGGGUGGAGCUCACACUAUAGACCUUAUAAUGACGACAACCAAAAGGGUAGAAUUGAGAAUCCGAGACUUCCUUGAAAGGUGGGGCUUAUGAUGCGGACUGUUCUCCGGAAGCAGGAAUUGACACAUGGACCUCAUUCAGGUACUAGGAGCUCAGACUCUAAACUUGAAGGCGGGGCUAAUACCAUGACUCCGCCCACAAAGCAGCACGUUUAUCACACUCCAAAACCAGGAGGAGCUUUCACAAUUGCCCUUAUGUCAAGCAUAAAGAUGAUAUGUGUGCAUGAGAUGAACAAUGUCUCGUUAAAGACAAAAGGCGGAGCUUUUAAUCUGUAUUAAAGGACUGUGAGCGUCUAAAAACACAAUUUCAGGAUGCA